AUGUCAUUUUAAAGUAUUUGUCCAUUUGAUAUUGAUUUAGGUUAUUCCUCUACUAAUUGUUAAGGAUAAAUAGGAGAAUAGAAUGUUUUAGGAGGAGAAUUAUUUUUCUUUAAAAAUUAAGAUAAAUAUGAGUAGUUAAUGGUAGAUUAUGGAAGUUAAGGAUUGCUUGGAGUGUGGAAUCUUACAGAUGCUAGUCUUUUUUAUUCAACUUCAUAUUUUUCUGAUCAAAAAAUUCAAAUUUAUUCUAUUUUUACUGAUAAGCAAAUCAACAUUUCUGAUCCAUCUUUACCACAAACUUUCAUAUACAUAAUAGAUAUCAAUUUUAAUGUGUAUUAACAAAGUCUCUACCAAUAGAAUAGUACAGCUGUUAAGUUUAACAAUGUAAUGCUAGAUAGUUAAUAUAAAUAAAUUUAAGUAUGUUACAACAUUAAAAAUAGUAUUUUGUACUUCCCUAAAGAUAACUAUGUCUGCCUUCGCUCGAAUGAAUAAUUUUCUUAAAUAAAAUUAGAUUCUGAUAUAAUUCAAUGCGAAAGUGAUUUUAAUUAAGACUACAUAUAUGUUCUUACAACUAAGAAUAGCAUUUACAAGAUAAGCUAAACUAAUUUUUAAAUUGAAAAUAAUUUAUCAUUUUAAUUAGGAAAUAUAACUCAUUAGAAAUUCUAUUAAAGCUAAGGAUUAACAUUCAUAAGUUAUAAUAUAAGUGGAUAUUCCAUUUUCUCUUUGGAUUAAAAUUUUAAUUAAACCAAUUUACUUUUUUUCUCUCCAAAUUAAAUUAAUGACUAUGGAUUUUUAAAAGAUGGGUCUUUGAUAGUAUGUGGAAACAAUUCAAUGAUUUAUUUUGGUUCUUAGUUUAUAAAUCCUGCUACAUAAUCGAUGGAUUAUAAUGACUAUCAUGUGUAUGAUAAUCUUAAUGUUCUACAUCCGUAAGAUUUAUAAUUGAUAAAUUACACUAAACUAAUUGUAGGAGAUGAUUUCACAGUAUUUUAUGGAAAUUAAACAAUGAUAACUGUGGUGGUAAACGAAAAUAGAGUUAUACAACUUAACAAAUGCUUAGGCUCAUAAUUACUUUUAGGAGUUACUCCUAAUGCUAUUUUUGAAGGUUCCAUAUUAAAAACGUUAACAUCUAGUGGAAUGCUAUUUAUAGAUAUUACAAAUGGGCAAAUAAAAAGGCAUUCAAGCUGCUUCAAUACAAAUGAUGUACCAAUUGAAUAAGUAGAAGGUCUUUACUUUGAUGAUGAAUUACUUAGAAUUUACAUGAUUGAGAAUUAAGGGAAAUUAGGGUACUUUAGCUUUCCUAAGGGGGAAUAUCUUACCUAGUACUAUAAUCUCUCAACUUAAAGUAGAUUAUAAUUUAACAAGUAAGGAGAUUAAAUAUAUAUUUGGCCAUUUUAGACUCCUUAAAAUUAUUUAGUAAUAACAACAUAUCUUGAUGGAACUUUUUUAUAAACUCUAAAUUUUGAUAAUAAUUUCAAAGUUAACUAUGUAUAUUUUGACAACAAUUUAGAGAUUAUUUUAGUUAUUGAUUAAAGCUAAAAAUUAUUAGUUUUUAAUUCUAAAUAAUUUAAUCUACUCUACGAUUCGCCAAUUGCCAAUUAUACUGUAUAAGUUUUUUAAAGUCAAUAUGGACCAAUUAUUGUAUAUUAAAAUUUGAUACAAAUGUUCACAAAAGGAUAGGAUAGCCACCAAAUUUAAAUAAAUACUUUAAAUUUACAAAAUUAUUAUUCUAAUUAAACAUACUUUGAUACUUUAUCAAACUCAUUGAUCCUUUUUAAUGUAGUUGGUACGCUAUAAAUUGCAAAUAUAGAAAAUCCUUAAAAUAUAAAUAUAUAAAGUUUAUCAUACACGUAAAAGUAAAAUUAAGUAUCUUAAAAUAUUUGCUUUGGAAAUACAUAUUUGGCUAUUUUAAUGGCUUCUCCAAACGAAAUUAUCUUAAUUAACAAAUAGACAAAUGAUUUAAAAAUAAUUAAUUUUGCAAUUACAAUACCAAACUAGUGUUUAAUACUGCUGGAUGAAGAAUUACUCUUCGUUGUCUCUAAUGGAAACUAACUUGUUUUUAUUGAUGUUUAAUCUUAAGUUUUUUUAAAAAAUGAAUAACUUGAUUAAUUAAGUUCUACUGUUUCAUCUAUAUAAAUUGAUGAAUAGGAAAAUUUAUUAAUUAUUUUGCUUUCUACCAGCAAAAUUUUUAGUUACGACUACUUAUCUCUAUAAUAAGUUUGUGAUUGGAAGGCGACUAGUUAAAUUACACUUUCAACGUUUUAGAUAAACACUUCUUAUAAAAAAAUUCUAUACGGUUCAGGACUUAUGAUUUAUUUUAUUGAUUACACUUAGAAAAAAUUAAUGAAUCAAAUUUAAUUUGUAGAGCAAACUUAAGGAGGAGUUAUAGAUUAGUAAACAAACAGCAUAUUUAUUUAUACUAAUAAAGUUUAUUAGUAUGAUCUUUAAACAUAUAAUCAGAUUUUAGUUUCUUAAUUUGAACAUCUUUAAUAAAUAAACCAAUUAAAUAUUAUUUUUGAAUGGGAUAUUAUUGUGACUUCUUCUUUAGAUAACACUAUAGCUAUACAUAGUUAUCCAUAAUUAAGUUUCAUAUAAUUACUUUAGCAUGAUCCUAUUGAUUGUCAAAAUGUUAGCACAUUUGUUGUAGACGUAUAAAACAACAGAAUAAUCUCAGGUUGUGGAGGUGGGAGUAUUUAUGUAUGGAAAAACGAUCUUGAAAUUAGUAAUUUCUAUUUGCUUAAUGAUUAUUAAUAUUUGCUUUCGAUUUACUCUGUUACUCGAAUAAUAAUUGAUUAAACAAGUGGCUUCUUAAUGUUAUUCGGAUUAGAUUCGCUUCCAUUAUUAGUUUAACUAGGUAGUAUAGAUUAAUAAGUUGAAAUAAUUUAAGUUUUACAAGGAAAUGAUGGGGCAUAUGAUUAGCUUAAUUAUUGUAUACUUACUUUUGACUAAGAUGGGUAUGUUUGGAAUUACAAUACCACUUCCUAAAGCUACAUUUUUAGGAAACAGUAUCCUAUUCAUUAAGGUUAAGUGUAAGCAAUAGCUCUAGAUCCUAUUAAUUAAAGGUUUGUGAGCAUGGGAUUAGAUAACACAGUGUAAAUAUGGCCAUAUAAUUCUUAAAAUGCUCAAAUACCACUUUUUUAAUAUAUAAAUAUAGCUUAAAUUAAAUAUGGCUAUUUAGAUUUAGAUAAUUAAAUUUUAAUUAUUUCAGAUUCUAAUUUUAGAAUAGUUUUACUUAAAUUUCCUUUACUAAGUGUUAUUCAAGUUUUUGACUAGCAUACAGAUGUCAUUAAUUCUUUUAUACUAAAUUAGAAAUCAUUUUAGAUUAUUUCAUUUUCGAAUGAUCAAACAGUAAGAUUUUGGGAAUACGAGUUUUCUAUACAAAAUAGCUAUUUUUAGAUUAUUCAUAGAGCAUCUUCUAUUAUAAGUUAUGCUUUUGAUGAAGAAAAUAAUAACCUAUAUUAUACUAGAUCUGAUGGUAAUAUUUAAAAGUGGUCUUUAAUGGAUUAACAAGCAGUAAAUGGACCUAUUUUAUAAUUUAGUGAUAGAUGUAAUAAUACGAUAUAUUUAAUAAACGAAGAUAUUUUUGUUUUAGCCACUACUAAGUAGAUUAAUUUAAUCAAUAAAAAAAACUUAGAGCUAAUUCAAAAAAUUUAAGUAGAGUGCUCUCACAGUGUUAACAAAUAAAACACAAUUGUUUGCGGAUAUAAUUAAUAAAUUACUUCGUAUUAAAUUAUUUAGAAUGGCAAUAAAUAUAAUUUCUUAAAAUUAUACCAGUAGUAAUUAGAUAAGCCAUUAUAUAAGUUUAACAACGGUAUUUUACAAUCAACUGAAUUUAUAAUUAUAUUUGUCAACCACUCUAUUGCUUUUGUAGAAAGUUCAACAGGUAUAGCAACAAAAUCAUUUCCACUAAUUCAUCAACUAGCUAUAAUAGAUUUGAUAAUAUAUACUGAUUAAAUAUUUUUUAGCUACUCUUUUGAUAGUUAAUUAGUUCAAUACCUAGUCGAAAGCAAUAAUAUAAAAGUUUAAAGAUAAACUUAUUUAGAAUAUCCUAUAUUUUAAGUUAUUGUAAAUUCCGAUUAUAUUUUAGUAAAUUUGCAAAAUUACAACUAUUGCCAAAUCUAUAAAAACGAUGAUUAAGAAACAUUUACUUUACUGUAGCUUAUUUAAACAACAUCUCGCUGGUAGACAUAUUAGUAAAUUAUACUUUAACCAGAAUACUAAUUGAUUUUAGUGUGUUCUGAUUUCUACUAUAUUCUAUAUGAUUAUUAAACAUUUUAAUUAAUAAAUUUCUAUCAAAGCAAUUUUCUUGUGGAGACCAAUUUUAUGAAGAGGAAAGUUACUCUUCUUUAAAAUAAUUAAAUUUUUGUGUAAUUUGGGUAGACAUUUUCAGUAAUUGAUUUUAGUGAAGAUUAUGAAAAAUUGAAAUAAUAGAGUGUCAAAUAAUAAUUUAUAAAUAGAAACUAAUUUUAUGAAAAUAUUUAUUUAAAAGUUGAAUAAUCAGAAAUUGAUAGUGUAAUAAGUGUUCUUUCAUAUAAUUAUAAUGGUAUCAAUUACAUGAUGACAGAUAUCAAAGGUCGAAGCAAUUGCUAAUAUAAUACUAAUGAUGCUGAUUAUUUUUAGCUAUAUAAAAGAUUUAAAUAAUAUGAUAAUUUGAGGAAAAAUAUUUUGAUAGAUAAUGGUUAUUAAAAUAAACAUGAUAUUUAAGUAAAUAUGAAUCAAAAUUUUAAGUUCUAAGGAUUUCCAAUAGUGGGUUCUAAUGAAGAAUUACAAUUUAGCCUUACAAUAAAUGGAGUUAAUGAAUAGAAUUAUGUUGAAGGAAUUAUUAAUUUAAAUUAGUUAAUCAACUCAUAUAAGCUAUUUGAAAUAAGUUUAUCAAAUUUAAUAAUUUAUUUGUAAGAUGAAGACCAAUAAGAUGAAUAAUAACUUGGGAAUGUUUAAUUAUAUUAAUUAUAAUUUUAUUCAUGUUAAAUAAUAUUUAACAAUAACUCUUUAUUUGCUUAAAAUCUGUUUUAUUUUAGUUUUAUUAAAGUCAAUAUUACUAAUCAAAAUAUUGAAACUUCCUUAAUUAUUUAAAAUACAUAAUAUGUAAUUCUAGCAGAGAAUUACUUUGCUGAUAAUAAUAUAAAUACAAAACAAUUUCUUACUUUUAACAACACUGCUGAUUAUGAUAAAAAUUCAGGAUUUAUAUUUACAAAAAAUAAGAUUGUAAAUAACAAAAUUAAUUUGACUAAUUUCUUUUUAAUUUAGCACGUGGAUAAAAUCACUAUGGAAUAAAAUGAUAUUUUAGAUAAUAUUAGCACAUAGCUCUCUUUCUUAUUGUAAACUGUAAUAUCUAAAAAUAUUAUUAUUAGCUAUUUAAAUUUUAAUAAUAAUAAAAAUCUAGCAAUAAUUGAUGCCAAUUAAUAUUUAUAAUAAUCUCAAAACUCUUUAGUUAAUAAUUUGGAAGUAUAAGAUAGUUACUUUGGAAUAUCAUUUAGUGAAAUAAAAUAAAAUAAAUACUUAAUUCCAGAUAGCUAUAUGAUAUAUACUAAUUCUUCCUUUAUUAAUCUUCUAAAUACAUCUAUGAAAAGUUAAUUAAGCAACUCAUCUGUUAGCUUAAUAACACUUAUUUCAAGUAAGCUUUAAAUAACAAAUUUUACUCUAGAAGAGAGUUAAUUAUAAAAUGUUUCACCUAUUGUAAUUACCUAAAGCUAAGUGAUUAUAGAUUAAUCUUAUUUUAUUUCAAAUAAACUUUAUUCUACAUAAUAUGGAGGAGGUGUCUUUUAUUUUGAUGCUUCUCGUGUUAACAUAUCAAAUAGUUAGUUUAUAGAUAAUGAAGCUUAAAAUGGAGGAUCACUUUAUUUUAUUGAUAUGUGUGAUUGUGUGCUAAAUAAUGUAACUUUUACGAAUAACACAGCUAGAGAAAAUGGAGGAGUUUUUUUGCUUAAUGACUCUAAUAUCUAAAUAUAGAAUAGUACUUUUGAAAGAAACAAAGCUUUAAUUGGAGGAGUAGCUAGAUAUUAGACCUUUAUACCCUUGUUCCUUAAAAAAAAUAGAAGCAACUUAGCUAAAGAUUCAUGUGGUACCACUUAUUAAAAUAAUUGCAUUGAUAAUUAUGGUUAAUUCUAUGGUAACAAUUUCUGUUCUUAUCCAUAAAGUGCUACAAUUAAUAAUCAGUUAUUACAAAAUGGAUCAAUAUAUAUAUUUAAAGAUGUAUAAAGUGGAACGUAAAAUAAUAUUUUGAAAAUAAACAUCUUAGACGAAGAAGGAAAUUAAGUAAAAUUCUAGAGUUAAAAAAAUGUCCCUGAUAGAAUAUUAUAAGAAUUUUCUUAAUAUUAUGUUGAGCUCUAGGAGCUAUAUUUGCUAAAUAAUAUUAAAGAUUUAAGGUAAAUUGACUUGAAAUUACAGGGUGCAACUAUUCAACCUUUUGAGUUAGAUGAAUUUCUUUUAAAUUAGUACUAAGUAUCAGGGUAAUUAGGUAAAAUAGGGAGAGCAGUAUUGUAAUUUAAAGGAUUCCACUUAUUUUCUAAUUAAACACAAGGGUUUACUGAUACUUUAACUAUUUAUAUUGAUUACAACUUUAGAAAUUGUUAAUUAGGAGAAAUAAUAUAAUCAGUUUGCACAUCUUGUUCAUUAGCAAACUGUUAUACAUGUUAAAAUGGUACAUAUUCAAUUGAAGAUCCAAACUCAAAUACAAGUAAUAUGUAAUGCAAGCCUUGUGAUUAUUCGUCGAGUAUUUCUUGUUAUGGAAGCUAAAUUAAUUUAAAAUAAGGAUUUUGGAGAUCUGAUAAAUUUAAUGAUGACAUUAUACCUUGCACUAAAUCGUAAAACUUUUGUAACGGAUAAGAAGAUACUAAUUAUUGCUCUGAAGGUUUAAUAGGACCUCUAUGCUAGACUUGUGAUAUAUUAGGAUAAUUUUGGAAUCAUUCUUAUGGGUAAAAUGGCUUAGAAGUUAAUUGUUAUUAAUGCUAAUCAUAAGGAAAAUAAAUAGUUGAAUAAAUUUUAAUAUGUUUCAUUACUUUGUUAUAUUUGACAUAUUUAUUUUACUAAACUAAAAUUAAUUUAAAUAUGAUGACUAAAGUAUUGAUUAUUGAUAGGCUAGGACUAAUUAGAUUAGGUAACUCAGGCUAAAUAGGUGAAAAAAGUUUUUAUAGUAGAUUAAUGAUUAGGUAUCUUUAAAUAUUUAUCAGUAUUUCAAGUCUUAGUCCAAAACCAAUAUUUAACUUUCAAAUAAUCUCAAUAUUUUCUCCUAUUAGUUCCAAUUAAAAUUUGCUGGAUUGUAUUGUAAGUAAAUUUAGUAAAAUCUUACCAGUAUAUUAUUACAAAGUGUUAUUUUUUAUAGCAUUUCCUUUAAUAGUUAUUCCCUUAGGGUUCAUAUUCUACAUUAUAAUAAUUAAAGUAAUAAGCUAUUUCUCUAAACAAGAAAAGAACUCUUUUUAUUUUGAAUUCAAAAAAGACUCUACUGUCAUUUGCUUCGUCUUCCUAUUCUUUUUCUUAUAGUAAAGCUCCUUUGAGUCUUUGGUUUAGACUUUUACUUGCAAAAAGAUAGGUAAGGAGUCAUUUAUGAACUACUACUUAUUAGAAAAGUGCUAUUCAACCAAUCAUGUGAUUUUGAUAACUUCUAUGAUAAUCCCAAUGACAUUUUUAUGGAUAGUUUUAGUACCAGGGAUAUUGAUUUAUUAAAUAUGGAGUAAAUCAUAGCAUUUUGAUAAUUUUUCACAUCAAUUUAAAUUAAUUAAAAAGGUAUUUAUAUACUUUAAAUAAACUACCAUAGCUUCUUACUUUCUAUUCAGCAAUAGACCCAAAGCCGAGUUUUAUUAUAUUUUUUUUUAUAUUUUUGAAAAAAAUGAGUAAAAUUUUGAAUUUUGGCAUAGUAGAAUAAGUAGGAAGUUACGGUAACUCAUAUUACCAUUUAUUUAUUUUUUUAUUUAUUUAAUAAGUAUGGUUUCCUAAUUUGUGGGUAUAGAUAAAAAUUUUAUUUGUGGGAGUUUUUAGCAAUGA